UCCGGUUGUGGUUGUUAUUAUUAGCCAGCCAAAGCUGUUUGGUUGUGCUUCCAAAGCUGGCUGGAAGAGUCCAGCGACCGCGUUUAAUCAUUAAGCUGCAUCGCCUCUGCGAGCUAGCGCCUCCUCUGCACGGGCCAAGGAGCCCGCCUUUGGAUUGUACGGUUCUGAAUGAAGCAUCCAGGCGCAAGCUCAGGGCAGGGGAUGGUGUGGGCACAAGUCCAGCCCUGGCUCGGUCAGUGAACAGGUGGCUGUGCCUGAAUCCGAGGUAACAGGCAAGCCGCCUUUGUUACCUUUGAGCUUUCUCUCAAGUCCAUUCAGACUCCUCAGACCACGUGUCUGAUGAGUAAGGAGGCCUUUUCUUUCCCUCCCCCAGAGGGACUGUUGGCAAAACAGCUUUCUUUGGGAAUGCGCCUGUUCACGACGGACCAGCCAUCUCCUGGGGAACUCCGGUGGCUGGCGUGUUCCUGCGGCUGUUGAAUAAGUUGCUGUUAGGAGCUGGCACGGCAGGUUCCCGUUUCCGCAUUCCAGACACCCACAGCGGACUGGGGGCGGGCACCACCGAGGUCGGCCUGGAGAGCCGAGGCAGGUGGCCUCGCCCUGGGAGGACCCGGGACAGGAGGAGCCCACCUUGGGGGGCUCCCCUGACAGCCACCUGCCCACUUUGUGAUGAGAGCCGUGUUCGGGGAGUCUUUCAGAUGCACAGUCUCUGAUGUCGGCUCUCCUGGGACCAUCCAAGAGUUCUAGUGUCUAGACGGUACUAACGGCACUGGCGAUGCAUCAGUGAACAACACAGACAUCCCUGCCGUUCUGGAGCCAACAUUUGAGUGGUGAACCCAGCCAGUAGACAGAAUGAACAACUGCUAAAAAAAAUUGGAAGUAGAGCAGAUAAUUAAGAAAGGCUUCCAUACCCCCAACCUUGUCCAGUGGAGCCCAACUUCUAAAGCAUGGCGGGGACAACUUCCUCCCCACCCCCGGCUGGCCAGCGCCGGCAACUGCUGCCUGCUCAGUGCUGCUGAGCCCCUCGGUCUGGAGCCUCCAGGACAGCACCUGCCUCCUGAGGUUGUCCUGGCUCAGCUGUGCACAGCGAUGGUGGAGAACUGGACUCCACAGGCUCACAACCUUCCUGUCAGGUUUCAGGGCCCAGCAUCCUUCAUCCUGGGCCUGGCGGCCCUGAACAAUGGCUGAGGGGUGGGGAACCCUAUAGAGUGACACUACAGCGUACCGGGCCAGCAGCACUCCAGUGCCCGUGGACUAUGACCACCUAUCGGGCCAUCCCCAGCGAUGGUGUGGACCUGGCAGCCAGCUGUGGGGCCAGGGUGGGCGAUGUCCUCCCUGGGCCACACACAGGGGACUAUGCUCCCUUGGGAUUCUGGGCCCAGAAUGGCAGCAUGUCCCAGCCUCUUGGCGAUAGCCCGGUCACCGCCACCGCCACCGCCACCACCCGCCCCAGCCCCACCACCCCCGCAAUGCCCAAGAUGGGUGUACGUGCAAGGGUGGCCGACUGGCCGCCCAAGCGGGAGGCCCUGAGAGAGCAGAGCAACCCAAGCCCCUCACAGGACACAGAUGGCACAAAGGCCACCAAGAUGGCCCAUUCCAUGAGGAGCAUACAGAACGGACAGCCCCCCACCAGCACCCCAGCUUCCUCAGGGUCCAAAGCUUUCCACCGACUCUCCAGGAGAAGGUCCAAAGACGUGGAGUUCCAGGACGGGUGGCCCCGGUCCCCCGGCAGGGCCUUCCUCCCCCUUCGGCACCGCAGCAGCAGCGAGAUAACCCUCAGCGAGUGUGAUGCGGAGGACCCGGGGGAGCCGCGGGGGGUCCGGCACACGGGGGCGCUGCCCCUCUUCCGCGAGUAUGGGAGCACCUCGUCCAUCGAUGUGCAGGGCAUGCCGGAGCAGAGCUUCUUCGACAUCCUCAACGAGUUCCGCAGCGAGCAGCCCGAUGCCCAGGGCUGCCAGGCGCUCACCGAGCUCCUCCGGGCAGAUCCUGGCCCACACCUCAUGGGGGGCGGAGGCGGAGCCAAGGAGGACUGCCACAACGGGCAGCCCGCCAAGGACAGCCUCCUGCCGCUGCAGCCCACGAAGGAGAAGGAGAAGACCCGGAAGAAACCUGCGCGGGGCCUCAGCGGCGGGGACUCAGUGGACUCGUCCAUCUUUCGGAAGCUAAGGAGCAGCAAACCCGAGGGGGAGGCUGGGCGGUCCCCGGGGGAGGCCGACGAGGGCCGGAGCCCCCCGGAAGCCAGCAGGCCGUGGGUGUGUCAGAAGAGCUUCGCCCACUUUGACGUGCAGAGCAUGCUGUUCGAUCUCAACGAGGCGGCCGCCAACAGGGUGUCGGUGUCGCAGCGGCGGAACACCACCACGGGCGCCUCGGCCGCCUCCGCCGCCUCGGCCAUGGCCUCCCUCACGGCCUCGCGGGCCCACAGCCUCGGAGGCCUGGACCCGGCCUUCACCAGCACAGAGGACCUAAACUGCAAGGAGAACUUGGAGCAGGACCUCGGCGAUGACAACAGCAACGACCUGCUGCUCAGCUGCCCGCACUUCCGCAACGAGAUUGGGGGCGAGUGUGAGCGCAACGUGAGCUUCUCCCGGGCUUCCGUGGGCUCCCCGAGCAGCGGCGAGGGCCACCUGGCAGAGCCCGCCCUGAGCGCCUACCGCACUAACGCCAGCAUCUCAGUGCUGGAAGUGCCCAAGGAGCAGCAGAGGACGCAGAGUCGGCCCCGGCAGUACAGCAUCGAGCAUGUGGACCUGGGCGCCCGCUACUACCAGGAUUACUUCGUGGGCAAAGAACAUGCCAAUUACUUCGGCGUGGAUGAGAAACUGGGGCCAGUGGCUGUGAGCAUUAAGCGGGAGAAGCUGGAAGACCACAAGGAGCAUGGACCUCAGUACCAGUACAGGAUCAUCUUCCGGACCCGCGAGCUCAUCACCCUGCGGGGCUCCAUCCUGGAAGAUGCCACGCCCACAGCCACCAAGCAUGGGACCGGGCGGGGCUUGCCCUUGAAGGAUGCCCUGGAGUACGUCAUCCCCGAGCUCAACAUCCACUGCCUGCGGCUGGCCCUCAACACCCCCAAGGUGACGGAGCAACUGCUGAAGCUCGAUGAGCAAGGGCUCUGCCGGAAGCACAAGGUGGGCAUCCUCUAUUGCAAGGCCGGCCAGAGCUCCGAGGAGGAGAUGUACAACAACGAGGAGGCUGGCCCUGCCUUCGAGGAGUUCCUCUCCCUCAUCGGCGAGAAGGUCUGCCUGAAGGGCUUCACCAAGUACGCUGCCCAGCUGGACGUCAAGACCGACUCCACGGGAACCCACUCCCUCUACACGACGUACCAGGACUACGAGAUCAUGUUCCAUGUCUCCACCCUGCUCCCUUACACCCCCAACAACAGGCAGCAGCUGCUGCGGAAGAGGCACAUAGGGAACGACAUCGUGACGAUCAUCUUCCAGGAACCUGGCGCACUACCGUUCACCCCCAAGAACAUCCGCUCCCACUUCCAGCACGUCUUCAUCAUUGUCCGAGUCCACAACCCCUGCACUGAUAACGUCUGCUACAGUAUGGCUGUGACCCGAUCCAAAGACGCUCCUCCUUUCGGCCCCCCCAUCCCCAGUGGAACCACAUUCCGCAAAUCCGACGUCUUCAGAGACUUCUUGCUGGCCAAGGUGAUUAACGCUGAGAAUGCUGCGCACAAGUCCGACAAGUUCCACACCAUGGCCACCAGGACCCGCCAGGAGUAUCUCAAGGACCUGGCCGAAAACUGUGUCUCCAACACCCCCAUCGACUCCACCGGCAAAUUCAACCUCAUCUCCCUGACCUCCAAGAAGAAGGAAAAGACAAAAGCACGGGCCGGCGCUGAGCAGCACAGCGCAGGGGCCAUCGCCUGGAGGGUGGCAGCCCAGGACUAUGCCCAGGGGGUGGAAAUCGACUGCAUUUUGGGAAUUUCCAAUGAGUUUGUGGUGCUCCUGGACCUACGCACCAAGGAGGUGGUGUUCAACUGCUACUGCGGGGAUGUCAUUGGCUGGACUCCAGACUCCUCCACACUCAAAAUAUUCUAUGGACGAGGGGACCACAUCUUCCUACAGGCGACAGAGGGCUCUGUGGAGGACAUAAGGGAGAUCGUGCAGAGACUGAAGGUGAUGACCAAUGGCUGGGAGACGGUGGACAUGACGCUGCGGCGGAACGGCCUCGGGCAGCUGGGCUUCCACGUGAAGUACGACGGCACGGUGGCCGAGGUCGAGGACUACGGGUUCGCCUGGCAGGCUGGCCUCCGGCAGGGCAGCCGACUGGUGGAAAUCUGCAAGGUGGCCGUGGUCACAUUGACCCACGACCAGAUGAUCGACCUGCUGCGCACCUCUGUCACCGUGAAGGUGGUCAUCAUUCCGCCUUUUGAGGACGGCACACCUCGGAGGGGUUGGCCGGAGACCUAUGACAUGAAUACCUCGGAGCCCAAGACGGAGCAGGAGAGCAUCACUCCUGGGGGCCGGCCCCCAUACCGCAGCAAUGCGCCCUGGCAGUGGAGCGGGCCCGCAUCCCAUAACUCUCUACCAACCUCCAAGUGGGCCACUCCAACCACCCCCGGCCACGCCCAGUCCCUGAGCCGGCCCCUGAAGCAGACCCCCAUAGUCCCCUUCCGGGAGUCCCAGCCACUGCACAGCAAGAGGCCUGUCAGCUUCCCAGAAACCCCUUACACAGUAUCACCAGCAGGGGCCGACAGAGUCCCUCCCUACCGACAGCCUUCUGGGAGCUUCUCCACCCCGGGCUCGGCCACCUACGUGAGAUACAAGCCAUCCCCAGAAAGGUACACGGCUGCCCCACACCCCUUGCUAUCUCUUGAUCCCCACUUCAGCCACGAUGGGACGUCCAGCGGCGACUCCUCUUCCGGCGGCCUGACAAGCCAGGAGAGCACCAUGGAACGCCAGAAGCCAGGUAGGGCCCCCACCAGCUGCUGUGCCCACUCACCCACCUCACUCCACAGGACCUUUUACUUAGAGCUUGACAGGCGACACUCCCCCUCCUGCCAGUGACAGAUAAAACACGAAAGAAAGCUGUAAGCGCCACGUGUAAGACUAGAGAGGGCACCCAGGAGAGCAGCAGAACCAGGGAGCGAGAUCCUUAUCUGUCCAGACAGGGCAUCGGCAGGUUGCGUCUGCUCCCGCUGAUAAGGCUGGAGCCGGUGUGCAGCUGUGUGACACAGAGCUGGGAGCCACCAGGGAAGGUAGCUGAAAAAGAUUAAACAUGGUGCUCUCAGGAGCAGGACUGACUGUGUCGUGUGGCUUUUCGUUACAUAAACCCUCCUAUGUUGUUUUCAACUUUUAUGGACAUACAGCACAUGUUAAGAACCCACAUGGCCAGGUGCAGGGACUCACGCCUAUAAUCCCAGCACUUUGGGAGGCCAAGGUGGGAGGAUCAUCUGAGGUCAGCAGUUCGAGACCAGCCUGGCCAACAUGGUGAAACCCUAUCUCUACUGAAAAUACAAAAACUAC